GUAACGAAUUUGGACAUCCAGAAUGGCUUGACUUCCCCAGAAUAGGGAAUAAUGAGAGUUACCACUACGCCAGGAGACAGUUUAAUCUUACUGAGGAUGAUCUUCUUCGCUAUAAAUUCCUAAAUGCCUUUGAUAGAGAUAUGAAUAGAUUGGAGGAAAGAUUUGGCUGGCUUGCAUCUCCCCAGGCCUAUGUGAGUGAAAAGCAUGAAGGCAAUAAGGUCAUAGCGUUUGAGAGAGCAAGGCUUGUUUUUAUUUUUAACUUCCAUCCAUAUCAAAGUUACGUGGACUACAGAGUGGGUAUUGAAACUCCAGGAAAGUAUAAAAUCCUUCUGGAUUCUGAUGCUGGAGAAUAUGGAGGGCAUCAAAGGCUGGACCACAAUACAGAGUACUUCUCUGAAGAAUUUCCUCACAAUUAUCGACCUCAUUCAAUUAUGCAAUUCAAUUCACAGACCACCUCCAGCGACCCCCCCAGAGGAUGGCACCAAAUAAAGGUAAAAUACUCACAAAAGGACACAGAGCAAAAGUAAGCGAGUUGAAAAAAUCUGGAAAACUGGACUAAAUUCAGCAGGAUAGAUCUUCAGCUAAGAAAGAGCAAAGGUUACAGUAAAUGCCUCCAGCAGCUCUUUUGCAGUAAAACAGAGAUGUUUUAUUUUAAAUAGCAAUUUGCAUCCAAGUUCUUGGGUAAUUUGUACUGCUUGGGAGUUGCUUUAGUCUUAAUAGCAGCUUCUAAAAUCCAAGUAGAAGUCUUCCCUUCCAAUUUCUUUUCAAAAAGCAUAUGAUGCCACCCCAAUAAACUCAUAGAAGUUCUUUUCCUGCUGUUUAACAAUUAUUUUAUUCUUUUUACACAAUACAUGAGACUUUAGUUUAUUGCUUCAAAAAUUCUAGUUCUUCCUCUACCACAAACUUCAAAGAAGUAAUUUUUUAAUGACAGAUACACCUCCCUUAAGGUGUGUAAGUAAACAUUGUCAGCAAAACAUGCCCAGGGGGUUGUGACAAAAUGAAAUCACAUGCAAUAAUUCUGCUUCUCAAGUCAAGGUUAAAUAGCACACAAAUGUGUUACGAAAAUAGAAGAUGAAAUGUGACAGGAUUCAUUCUGGAAACAUCACCUAAUAAAAGAAAUAUUCAAGGUGACAUAGCAAAAUCAGAAAAGAGAGAUGUGGAAUUCUUGGUGCAAAGAACCCUGGAUGAAGAGGAAGCUUUGUAAGCAGUGCUAGGCCUUUCUCUGUACAAUUUUCAGGCUUGUUUAGUGAAGCUCUAAAGGGCCAGAUUUCAAAGUCAUCAGACAAACCUUGAAAACUGCAUAGAAAAAUGCACAAAAAAGUUCUUUGUUAUAUGACUUAUGUAAAUAAUUAUUAUAAUUUUUUUUUCCAUUUCACUGCUUGUUCUGUUCUUGGUUAUUAACAAAUGUAUGAAAUGCGCAUAACUUUCCACAUUAUCAAACUUUCUAAUAAGCUGUGAACCGUUUUGUCACUGUAAGAAUAGAUUCUUUUUAGCACAGCUUUAUUUCUGUUUACAUCUCCACUGUGUUAUUCUCAUAAUAGCUUUUUGGGGUAUGUUUUAUAAAAGAUGUGUGCUUUUUU